AUGAGCAUGGAAGUGAUAGACCAGCAUCCCGAGCAAGUUACCGCCAGCCUCGACAAUCCUCCCGAUUCCCGAAACCGAGUUUUUAAAGAUGCCUUUAAAAUCGAUGCGCCAAAAAUGGCAGAAGACAAGGAUGCCAUGAGAGCCUUCAAACCUCUGAUUGCAAAACCUCUUCAGUACCCGAACGAAUUAGCGACAAAGGCGAGUUUGGAGGAGCAUUUGCGAGACAAACGACGCCAAGCUGGCCUUAGUAUUGUUUGGAGCCACUUCAACAAGAAGGUUCGGGACUGGACGGAGUGCUUCAACCUCAUGAAGCGUAUAACCCCUCGAUGGAGUGAGAGGGCUAAUAUGUCGGCUGUGAGAAUCAUCCUGCCGAAAUCAUGGGAUAUCGAAGUCAAUAACCAGAAUCUGGAAUAUGUCGACUCUGCGACAGGUGUUCUCCGAAAGCUACGAUCAGCAGUGGAUAGGAACCCUUCUGCGAUCGUGCUGCGUGGACAGAGCAAGAUCCUGGUUAAAGUGGCUGAUGAAAUUGUUCGGCACUGUAAAGAAGCUGAAAUCUACGAAUUGGGUGAAGUUGCGACCUCAGAUUACAGGACAAGACAGUUGUGGCCAACUAUUGAGAAUGCACCCAAUGGAGGUGCCUCGCUUCCCGAAGAUCAUCUCAACGAAAUCUGGGUGCACAAGGAGUAUCAGCAGCACUUUAUUACGGUGCCAUAUGAAAAGAUUCCACGGCCUGCGGUUUGGACACAAGACAACUUCGAGCAAUACAUCGCCAAGCUAUGCUACGGUAAAGUACCUUCACAUCUGGCAAUUCCCUUUUAUGGCGAGCGGCGGACAAAUGGAAGGUUCAUUGAUACCGACGGUAUAAGGAUCAAACUUGUUGUCGAUGCUUUCCAAGACCCCACAGCUAGACCGUUCAUCACAGCCCCUGUCUUGAAGAUGGCUAUAUCCAUGAUGGCCUUUCGAGGCGGCCAUCGUGCUUCGGCCAGCCACCUUGUGCAGUUGGGUGAGGAAUGGGGUACGCCGAUGGAUACUGAUAUCUACAACAUCAUGCUUGAAGGUUACGUUCACAAGCGUGAUGUUGGCUUCUUCUACGGAUUCCUUCGAAGAAUGCAGGCACGAUACCAUCACCCCAACAUCCGGACAUGGCUUCUCUUCCUUCAACUUGUCAAGGGAGAGGACGAACGGAGACAGGUCAUCGUGGCCAUGUAUCAGCUAGGAAUGUUCAAUCAUGUGGCUACGCGGCGUGGUAUUGCCGAUGUCAUGGCUCCUAUGGACGCAUACGCUGCCCUGAAGGCUGGAACUCCUCUGAAGAACUUCUUGGCCGAACAGAACGAGCGCUAUCUCAAGGGCUGGCUAGCCAUCGACGGUCUCAGCGGCAUCAUCACAGAGUUUCUCCGUUUUCAUCGCCCAGAGGAUCCUCGAAUCGAAGAUUGCAAGACUUUAAUAAACAUGCACAUCAACUCAGGUCAACGACUUGAGCUGAAAACUAUCAACAUCUUCAUCAGACAUGCUGCUCUGACUCGAGAUUGGGAUACUGCUUUCUGGGCACUGAGUCUAUUUAAGGAUGCGGGCUGUGAGCCUGAUCAGGAAACCUACGCUGGCCUCAUGUCUCUCUCCAUUCAGACGCGCUCGCCCCAUGCCCUCGGAACCGUCUACUUCUACGGAGUCCUCCACCGCAAACUGAAGAAAGCUUCGCGGCAGAUGCUCAGUAGAAUACUUCUUCGCAUACACACCGACCAUUUUUGGAAAAAGGUUCAGCACCAGCCAGGUAUAUUCCCCAGGCAAGCUAUCCCUGAGCUUCAUUACAGAAAGAUUUCGGAUAUCUGGACCGUUAUGUCCCGCGUCGAGCGUGUCAUUUUAGACAAGUGGGCAGGCUACGUGCCAGCCAAAUCUCUAGAGCGUUCGCUCGAACUCGCCUACCGUUCCAACGAUCAGCCUAUGCACACUCAGAUCGCCAGAGGCCAGUCGAUCCAAGUGCAGGACCUCAUUAUCAAGCUUCGCAGGUUGGAUGGGCAACCAGGCAAUAUCAAUGUGCGUCUCAAGGGCCGUUUUGACCCUCCACGCAUGAUUGAGAACUGGAGAGAGUCUGAGGCAGAGUCACAAGAAGUUGAUCAAAACAUUGAUCCAGACGAGCCUGACAGUUGGCCUGACCUUGAAACAGCAAAGAAUUUACCGGAAGGCCACGAAGAAGACCUUGAGCGUGAAAGUGAUGUUCAGGAAGGUCUUUCAGGGGUUGAAGAUUCAGGGUCUUCCCCGAAUACACAUUUGAAGGAGCUUGAUUCAAAAGUUAGUGAAAAUGGAGAGACGAACAAGACGUAA